CAACUAGAGAGAGAGAGAGAGAGAGAGAAGGCACAAGAAAACCAUAAGAAGCAGAGCAGAGCAGGCUCUGUUCUCCAUGAACAGAAGAUGUGGAGAAGAGCUCUGAAUCUGCAGCUCCCACGACGCAGGCUCAUCUUCUCCUUCUCCUCCUCACCCGAAGCCGAGACCCCAUCAUCCCUCUAUUCCUUCCUCCAACCUUCCUUGUUCUCCCGCCGCAAGAACGCCCCUCCCUCUCCUCCUCCUCCUCCGCCGCCGCCGCCGCAGACCCUGACCCAGGAGCUGAAAACCGCCCUUGAGUCCGCCCUCCACAAGUCCAUCCUCGCCCACGACACCGACGACGCCUGGAAGUCCUUCAAGGCCCUCACCUCCCACUCUUCCUUCCCCAGCAAGCCCCUCGCCAACUCCCUCGUCGCCCACUUGUCCUCUUUCUGCGACGCCCACAACCUCAAGAGGGCUUUCGCCUCCGCCGUCUACUUCAUCGAGAAAGAUCCUGGCUUGGUCGAGUUCGGGACCGUCUCGGCGCUGCUGGAGUCCAUGAGACGGGCCGGGGCGGCGGCCCCGGCCUUUGCUCUGGUCAAGAGCAUGUUCAAGAACAGGUACUUCAUGCCCUUUGAGCUGUGGGGCAACCUGCUUGUUGAGAUUUGUAGGGAGAAUGGUCAGUUUGUUGGGUUUUUGCGGGUUUUCGAGGAGAGUUAUAGGGUUGCUUUGGAUGAGAAGCUGGAUUUUAUGAGGCCCAACUUGGCCGCUUGUAAUGCGGCAUUGGAGGGGUGCUGCCGGCACCUCGAGUCUGUGGCUGAUGCGGAAAAGGUGGUGGAGACUAUGUCGGUUUUGGGUGUUAGGCCAGAUGAGUCGAGCUUUGGGUUUCUGGCUUACUUGUAUGCCCUCAAGGGGCUUGAAGGAAAGAUAUCAGAGUUGGAGAAUUUGAUGGGUGGGUUUGGUCUUUUGAAUAAAAGGGUGUUUUACAGUAAUCUGAUUAGCGGGUAUGUUCAAGUGGGUAACUUUGAAUCUGUUGUGGGAACUGUAAUGCGGAGUCUGGGAGAGAGCAGUGGGGAAGAUGCAAAAUUUGGUGAGGAAACUUUCUCUGAAAUAGUUAAAGGUUUUCUCAAGAAUGGUAGUGGUAAAGAAUUAGCACGUUUGAUCGUCGAAGCUCAAAAGUUGGAGGCUGCUGAAACCGAGGCCGACCGUUCAGUUGGGUAUGGCAUAGUUAAUGCUUGCAUUAAUCUUGGGCUGUCAGAUAAGGCACACAGUAUUCUUGAUGAAAUGAACAUUCAAGGUGGUUCUGUAGGGCUCGGGGUCUAUGUGCCAAUCCUCAGGUCUUACUGCAAAGAGCAUAGAACAGCUGAGGCUACUCAGUUGGUCAUGGACAUUAGCAGUUCAGGGCUUCAAUUGGAUAUGGGGACCUAUGAUGCCCUGAUAGAAGCAUCUAUGUCCAGCCAAGAUUUUCAGUCGGCUUUUUCACUGUUCAGAGAUAUGAGAGAUGCAAGAAUAAGAGAGUUGAAAGGGAGUUACUUGACUAUAAUGACGGGCUUAAUGGAAAAUCACCGGCCAGAGUUGAUGGCGGCCUUCUUAGAUGAGGUUGUUGAGGAUCCUCGGAUUGAAGUGGGUACCCACGACUGGAAUUCUAUAAUUCACGCCUUUUGUAAAGCUGGAAGAUUGGAAGAUGCUAGGAGAACUUUCAGAAGAAUGGUGUUUUUGCAGUAUGAACCGAAUGCUCAAACAUAUUUAUCCCUGAUUAAUGGGUAUGUAACGGCAGAGAAAUACUUUAGUGUCUUGCUUCUGUGGAAUGAGAUUAGAAGAAAGUUUGUUUCAGCUGACAUAGAGAAAGGGAUUAAAUUUGAUCACAGUUUGGUUGAUGCAUUCCUUUAUGCUCUGGUUAAAGGGGGUUUCUUUGAUGCGGUCAUGCAAGUUGUGGAAAAAUCUCAGGAGAUGAAAAUUUUUGUGGACAAGUGGAGGUACAAGCAAGCUUUCAUGGAGAACCAUAAGAAGCUCAAAGUGAAUAAAUUAAGAAAGAGAAACCACAGAAAAAUGGAGGCACUGAUUGCUUUCAAGAACUGGGCAGGUCUAAAUGCUUGAGAUUGUUGUUUUUUUGUCGACUCAUUAUUCACUCACAAACUUUGAUGGUUUCAUGCGGCUGAUGAUUAUGAUGUGAAACUCGAAGAAAGUGGAAUUGGUAAAAGUAAUGGAAGUUGCAGACGAUUCCUGCCUGCAGAUGAUCCUUGCCUCACCUUCACAUCUAAAAGAUAUGGCAGGUCUUAAAAAUUGUGAGAAGGAGGAGCAUUUCAGCGGUGCUCAUUGCAUUGUAACUGAUAAUUGAUGAAAUCAGGUGAUGCUAUAAGAUGGAAAAGAUCCAAGAACAUAUGAUUAAUGCUCAUUCAAAUAUUCUCAAAGGCCUUGUCAGCAGUCAGCUCUUUUGGUGACAGAUGAGAGCUCGUUUGCUUCUUGCUGGCACCGGAGGGAAAUCCUGUGUUUGCCCUGUUUAAGGGUUUAAAUUGAACAGAGGAGGAGAUUUCAAGUUGGGAAGAGAUCUGUAAUGAAACCUGACAAGGCUUAUUAAUUCGUCUCCUCGUCCAUCAUGUCCAAUAUGAAAAGGACGAUGGAUAAGCAACAUAAUAUGGCCCGGAUGUGGACCUUUGCAGUUCCAUCUUGUGGUUGGAAUUUUUAUUCAGAUAUUUCUUGGAGAGCAAAAUUGUUCUCGUUACAGAUGGGGAACUUUAUAUAUUUUUUCGUACUAUCUGAUGUUUAAGAAAACAUGUUGAUUCUUUCGUGACUCCCUACAA